AUGGCGGCAAGGCGCUUCCCACCUGUGGUGCAGUAUCCAGAGAAGCAGCGAGACGCCCCCCUACUCUCUGCCUUGUGUUCGUGGCCAGUCAUCGUGUGGGUUCCUGAGUGUCUACAAGCUUCGAAGAAGCCGUUCUGCGCCAUGCCCGGCUGCUCCUGUACGCCGCGCUUAAAGGAGUACAAGCAACGAGUGGUGGAGGAGGUGGACACCAAGUGCCAUCUUCUCUACACCAAGUACCAGUGCACAGGGGAAUCAACGGGCUGCUUCUCUACUGUUACACCAGCCUACUUGCAAAGUAAACGCGAGAGCAUGGUAGAUGCCAAGAUGCUUCUGCUGCUUCAAAACGAGAUCGGGCAAAGCGUAGGUCGGCGUCUCACACGGUCGGAGAAUAACGAUGAAACUCGGGAGCUUUUGGAAUUUGUGAAGCCGACGGUCUCCGCUGCUGAAAAUGGUUCUGAGUGUUUCGUUAUUAGCGAUAAUGCUAAUGCAGUCCGCAACAUGGACCCAUUCCACGUUGUGCAACGAUUUACGGAGAAGGUGAAGGAAAAAACAGCAAAGAAGCAGUUGGCUAAGCGACUACAUGACGCGAUGUACGACGUAGAUGGACAGCUGCGACUGCCGGCGGAGAUGGCUGCUCGGGUUCGCGAUGCCGUGGCAUCGGCUAACACGUACGAGGAAGGUGGUGGGAAGAGCGUGCGUGUGCUCUCAACGAGUCAACUUGAAGGGUUUCAUUCCGCGCUAAAGAAGCUACUAGCGCGGUCUGUAUCAGCCGAGAUUGGUCUCCGCAUCCUUGAUAUCUUCAUCCUCUUUGAGUCUGCGCGUGUCGAUACCAGUGCGCUCGAAUUAAGUCUUCACCACUCGAAGCAGCACAGCACCAACAUCAAAGAACUCCUCUCCAAGCAGGCCGUGUUUGCUGCUACUAGCCGCCUACCAAAGGCGGCUUUCUUCAAUUCACUCUGUCUCUCGGAGAUUGAUUAUGAAGCCGCAGCUGGGUUCUCGUCGCAGGAGUUUGCAUUACUCAGACAGCUUCGCAAUGAGCAAGCAAAGGCUGGUCGCACCUGGGGUGAAUGUGCGCUGGUCACCACUAUCAUGUACAACGUCGUGGUAUCUUCCAAUACCAACAAGCUGCUCAACCUUCGCCGGCGCAGCUACGCCACGCUUGCCUCCAAGAUCGAUACUAUCGCAAAACACGAGACAGAUAAAUCCUCGCCCCCACUUGCAGAUGUUCGCGGACUUUUCACAUUUUCCUACUCGGAGCCGCGUGAUGACAAGAUGACGGGCAACGAGCAAGCGUUCCAGGUUGACCUCUUUACUGCGCUCCGGCAGACCAGCGGUAUUCGAAAUAAACGCCAAGUAUUUCUUCGAGUGUACGACUUUGCGAGUUGUAUCUGCAGCGGCAUUUUCCCCAAGUCGCCGCCCAAUCUGCUUGCACGAUGGGAGAGCUUGAAACGGGGAUCGAAUCGCGGGGCCAGUCUGAAAAUUAAGCUCAAGAUUCCUCCCGGAAUGCUGCUGAAAGCACCCGAGCAGCCCCUCACGCGUGCAGACAGCGACGACAGCAGCGUGGAAGAACAGUGCUCCGAGCAGAAACUCAACACGACGGCCACCGCAGAAAACCCAGUACCAGCGCUGCCAUCACGAAAGCGGAAGGAGACUUCUUGCUCCAGCUGCCGUCGUAAGAAGAAGAGAAGCAGCUGUAUCGACGCGCUCCACGACGCGUUCGCCCUGUCUUGGAUGCGAGAAUCGUGGGUACAUCUCUGCUUCGACACGGUUGGAGCGAUGGCGGGUGCGCGCGUGAGCCUGGAGUAUGCAGCCUUGGUGGCGAUGAAGCGCUGAAGACGCACAGUUGGCUCUUCAGGUGAUGUCGUUUUCUGGCAAAUACAGGGGGGAGUCCCGCAGCGGGACACAAAAGUGGUGAAAAAGGUCAAAUCCGGUGAGAAGUGGUGGGGUGCGGUCGCGGGACAAGCCCCAGUAAAAGCUAUAACCCCCCCGGUUUAUGGGAGAUUCGGGGGCCGACAGGCC